AUGGACCCCCAGAGUUUGAAGGAAGAUCUACGCCUUUUUCAGAGUACAUUGCUUCAAGAUGGACUAAAGGAGCUUCUAAAUGAGAACAAAUUAGUAGACUGUGUGCUGAAGAUUGGUGACAGGAGCAUCCCCUGUCAUCGGUUGAUCCUGUCGGCAUGUAGUCCUUAUUUCCGUGAACUUUACUUUUCAGAGGAUGGAGAGGAGUCACAAGAAAAGGAAGUUGUUCUGGAAAAUCUGGAUCCCAAUAUUAUGGAGAUAAUUGUAAACUACAUGUACUCAGCCGAGAUUGACAUCAACGACAACAAUGUCCAAGAUAUUUUGGUGGUCGCAAAUCGCUUUCAGAUCCCCUCUGUGUUCACAGUGUGUGUUAACUACCUUCAGAAACAGCUGUCACAGAGGAACUGUCUGGCUGUGUACAGACUAGGCUUGAUGAUUAACUGCCCCAGACUGGCAAUAGCUGCUAGAGAUUACAUUGCUGAUCGAUUUGAGCAGAUGUCAAAAGAGGCAGAAUUCCUUGAUCUUGCCCCACAUGAAUUGUUUGCUAUAAUCGGAACAGAUGCUUUAAACGUAGAAAAAGAAGAAGUUGUUUAUGAAGUGUUGCUAAAAUGGGUUAGGAAAGACAAAGCAAAUCGUGCCAAAAGCCUGAGUGAGGCUUUUGACUGCAUCAGAUUCAGGUUGCUUCCGGAAAAGUUCUUCAAAGAAAAAGUGGAGAAGGAAGAACUGUUUAAGGGUGAUGCUGAAGUACAAAAAAAAAUCAAAGCAAUUAAAGAAGCAUUUGGGGGUAAACUUCCAGAAAUUAAGAAGGGACAAGAUGAAGGUGAUGAAGAGGGAGGGAAGCUGCCUGGGUAUCUGAAUGAUAGCCGACGUUAUGGCAUGUUUGCAAAAGACAUGCUUCUGAUGGUCAGUGACACAGCAGCUGUAGCCUACGAUGGGCAGGAGAAUGAGUGCUUUCUGGUAGCUAUGUCUGAGCAGGUCCCACGAAACCAUGUCAGCCUGGUCACAAAGAAGGGCAAGUUGUAUAUCGUAGGAGGGCUUUUCGUGGAUGAGGAUGAAUCAGAGAAUCCACUGCAGUGCUACUUCUACCAGCUGGACAGUCUUGGUUGCCAGUGGGUUGCUUUACCGCCCAUGCCUUCCCCAAGAUGUCUCUUCGCUCUGGGAGAUGUGGACAAUCUGAUUUUUGCUGUGGCUGGUAAAGAUUUACAGACAGAUGAGUCACAUGAUACAGUCAUGUGUUAUGAUACUGAAAAAAUGAAGUGGAGUGAAUCGAAGAAAUUACCCUUGAAGAUCCAUGGCCACUGUGUUGUUUCUGAGAAUGGGUUGGUUUACUGUUUGGGAGGAAAAACAGAUGAAAAUAAAACAAUCAACAAGAUGUUCGCUUACAACCACAAGAAGGCAGAGUGGAAGGAGUUGGCUGCUAUGAAAACUCCUAGAUCAAUGUUUGGAGCAGUUGUCCAUAAAGGAAAGAUAAUCGUGGCUGGAGGGGUAAAUGAAGACGGGCUUACAUCUGCAUGUGAAGCCUACGAUUUUGGAACUAAUAAGUGGUCGGCCUUCCUAGACUUCCCCCAGGAGAGGAGCUCAGUCAACCUGGUGAGCUGUGGGGGGCAGUUAUAUGCUGUAGGAGGCUUCGCGAUGGUGAUGGAUGAAAACAAAGAGUGCACUGCCAAUGAGAUGGUUGAUAUUUGGCAGUAUGAAGAGGACAAGAAUCAGUGGACUGGUCUAAUCAAAGAGAUGCGUUAUGCAUCUGGAGCGUCUUGUGUGUCUCUGCGUUUGAAUCCAGCCAAAAUGCCCAAGAUGUAAACAGAAGAAAAGAUAUCAUUUGUACAGCAUAAAAGUUUUAUCCAGAGUGCAUUUUCAGAAACACAAAAUAAGUGUUCAGUUGUUUCAUACUUAAAAAAAAAUAUUAAGAUAGAUGAAUAAAAUCAUUUAUAAAAACUUUAAAAAUAUAUAUUACACAUGUUCACAUAAUUUCAUUUGACAGAAAUAAGGUCUUUGGUGAAAAAUAUAGAGCACUUUAAUCACUUUAACACUAUAGUCAGUUUGGCAUGACUUUCCAAACUAGAUGUAACAUUCUAGAAAUAUGUUCAUUAUAAAGAACAUUCCCUAAAUAUUUUUUUCUUUAAGUAAUCCUUCCAAGCAUCCGGUGUUGACAGUUCCAUAGAGUUCCAUUCAAAGUGAGGAAUCUACAACACAAAAAUAGAAGUGUAAAAUGUCUAUGUUGUGGUAUGGCAAUGCAAAAUUAUUUUUAUGCUACUGUCAUUGUCUCACCUGAAUAACACAAUAUCCCAAAAUCUCAA